AUGGUUAAAUCAUCUACAUUGCUUCACAAUGUAAAAGAUAUACAUAAGGAGAUGGUUGACAGUGACCAGUUGGAUAGAUACACUUUAGAGUGCUUGAAAAAGUAUUGUAAAUUAAAUCAACUAGAAUUAUCUUCUUCAACAACAAAGAAAUCUUCUAUCAUCAAAUUAAUAAUUGAUCAUCAUCAUCAUCAUCAUAACAAUGAUAGUAGUGAUGAUGAUGAUGAUAAUAAUGAUAAAGAGAACAAUGUAAAUACUAUAAAUAUUAAUAAUAAUAAUAAUAAUAAUAAUAAUAAUAAUAAUAAUAAUAAUAAUAAACCAAUCAAACCACCAACCAAAAAGAAUACUACUACAAUUGCUACAACUACAACGACUCCUACUACAACUACAACUAAAUCAACUGGUACAUCAAGAAAAUCAAUCUUAAAAGAUAAAACCAACAACAACAACAACAACAACAACCAAGAAUCUAUUAUUAUUCCAAAAAAGAAAAAGGUAUCAUUUAGUGAUUCUCAACAAGUAAAGGAAAUAGAGAUCAUUCAAGGUGAGAGAACAAGAUUCAUUCCAUGUAAGAAUGAAAAUCUAAGAGAUAUCAUAUCACAAUAUGAAAAGGAAUUGUAUGAAAAGGAAAAGAAUAGAAACCAUGGUGAUCAAGAUGGAGAAGAAGGUGAUGAAGAAGAAGAUCAAGAAGAAAUGGAAAAACCAAUACCACCACCAACAAUGAUUCAUUCAUUUGAAAACGUUGAAGGAGAGGAUGAGAUGGAAUAUGAUACCGAUGAAAUGGACAAGGAGGAAUUGAUUGAAGUAUUAGAGAUGAAUGGACUCAAAACAACAGGUUCAAAGGCAAAACUCAAAGAAAGAUUAGAGGAUUUUAUUAUCCAAUCUAAACUGGAAAAUGGAUCAAACAAGGGAGAAUCACCAAAAAGAAAAGGAAAAAAGAAAUCAUCAUCAUCAAAACAACAUGGUGAUGAAUCUCCAAAUUCAAAAUACCUUCAAGACUAUGAAAACGAUUGGAAUGAAUGGAGUAGAUUAAAGAAAGAAGAAAGUGAAAAUAACCUCUAUAUGAAAAAACCUCCCUCUUCAUCUGUCUCAUCAACCAACAACAACAACAACAACAAUGCAAAGCCCUACAUUAAUUUGUUUGAAGCUUUUACAAACUCUUUAUCAUUUACUUCUACUUCUUCUUCCUCUUCUUCCACCUCUGGACUCAAUAAAAAGAAAAAGAAAUAA